AAAAAAAGGUGCAAUUCAAUGCCACAUUGCCACUAUUAAUUUUGUGGCGGCAUGAAGUUUAAGAAUUGGAGCAGCCAUUCCAACCCACUUGAACAAAACUAACGGUUUUGCUUCACUUCUCACUCUUCUUCCUCCAUUUUUGAUCCUAUUCAAGGGUUUAUCGACCACCAAGAUUUGCAAGAAAAAAUCAAAUAUGGCUGUUGGUGUUCUUGCUUUUCAGGGUUCUUUUAAUGAACACAUUGCGGCACUGAGGAGGAUUGGUGUUAAAGGAGUGGAAAUUCGGAAGCCUGAACAGUUGGGUGACAUUGCUGCGCUUAUCAUUCCUGGUGGUGAAAGUACAACCAUGGCUAAACUUGCUGAGUAUCACAACAUGUUUCCUGCCUUGAGGGAGUUUGUCAAGAUGGGCAAGCCAGUUUGGGGAACAUGUGCAGGGUUGAUUUUCUUGGCAAAUAAAGUUUUUGGUCAGAAAACUGAUGGACAGGAACUUGUAGGGGGUCUUGAUUGCACAGUCCACAGGAAUUUCUUUGGAAGCCAGAUUCAAAGUUUUGAGGCUGAGAUAUCUGUACCUCAUGUAGCAGAUAAAGAAGGUGGUCCACCAGGUUUCCGUGGUGUAUUCAUCCGUGCUCCUGCUAUACUAGAAGUUGGUUCAGAAGUUGAAAUAUUGGCGGAAGUUCCUGUUCCAGAUAAACUGAAGACUUCAGAAGUCAUAAAGGAGAGCCAAAAGGUGUAUCCCGAAUCUCUAAACAAAGUGAUUGUAGCUGUAAAGCAAGGGAAUUUGCUCGGAACAGCCUUCCAUCCAGAGUUAACUGCUGAUAAUCGAUGGCAUUUGUACUUCAUAAAGAUGGUAAACGACCAGAUCGAGGAGACGGAGACCGCGACUUCAAGCGGUAUCAUCAAAGCCGGGGACAUAUAUGGCUUGCAAGAUCCAAAGAUUGAACUCCCCAUAUAUUUACCUUAGCAGAGUAAUGUUCCUAUAACUUCUCUUAAGAUUUCAUUAGGAUCAUAUUAUUAGGGUAUUAUUAGCCGAAUUUCGUCUGAAACCUCAUGGAGCCAUAUCUAAAUUUAUUCAUGAAUGAUUUAUAUAUAGAAAUUUCAGGGUUCAUA